AUGCCUGUACCACUGUGCCCAGCCUGCACGUCUCUAUUCUACCCACCUGCCUUGCAAAAUUGGAGCUUCGGACGCCCCGUGAGCACGCGCAGGCAGCGCCUAUCAAAUUUCCUUCCCCUCGCGUGUUCGAUGCAGCUCACGCUCUCGAACUCCUUCCCUCGCCGAGCGUUGCGUGCGAAAAUCAGCGAUAGUUACCUCUGCACGACUGCCCCGUUCUCGCGCGUCCUCCAUAUGUGCCCCGAGCUUUCGUCGACAUGGGAGGAUCGUGUCGUCUCCCGGUGCGGUUCAUCCUUCCCCGAGCGUCCCCCUCGCCAAUUGCAUAUUUCGCCGUCCCGCGACCUUGGCUACGACGUGCGGCAGGCUGCGAACGCGGCGCGGUCGUGGCUACUCGACGUCGAACCCUCCGCACCGCCAGCUGCCUUUGCGUGGCCGUAUAUUUCUUCGACUUGA